ACGGAUUCAGUCGAUCGCCGACCGUCUCCGAACGUUCGCAUCUUCGCGGAUUCCUCGUUCGCGCGCGUCCUACCACCGAGAGAGAGAGAAAACAAGAUUAUUCGCCUUCCUCCGUAGGCUCUCCUUCCGUUUCCUUUCGCAAUUCACUACGGUGCUGUCGCUGUGCGUACGCACACCGUAGCCGCGCGUGAGAUCCGCGGAGAACGCAUCGUGCAGGCGGUGCACGACGACGGUACGUACACACGCGCAUACGACACCCACACCAUUCUUGACCCUUGGAUCGCGCAUAUAGUGAUAAUUUCCUCUACGGUCCGCGCGGUGGGAAAAGCGAGAGCGGCAGUCGACUGGAAUCGUUGGCGAUCUCGCCGAGCAGGAAGACGAACCCCGCACGUUUCACGCCGUGUGAAGCAAGGGAAAUGGAGGGCUUCUGGAUCAGUGGGGCGAUCCACGCGAUCAAGGCGCUUUCAUAUGUGUACGACCUGCUGACGUUCCCCGUGUAUCUUAUACUACAGCGGCCCUGGGAGAAGCGCAAGGCCUCUAGGCGGGUCAAGGCCCGACCGAUCUCCAAAGAUGACACCACCAUCACCUACAGAAGUGUCGACUCUCCGGGGCCGAUGCACAUCAUGCUCGAGCGCGAAAAGAUCGAGACUCUGGAGAAGAUGUUCCUCUGGGUCGUUAAGAUGCACGGUGACAAGAAGUGCCUUGGUACCAGGCAGAUCUUGGCUGAGGAGGAUGAGACUCAAUCUAACGGCAGAAUCUUCAAGAAGUAUAAAAUGGGAGAGUACAAGUGGAAGACUUAUCAAGAAGUCGAUAGAUUCGCCUCAUCUUUUGGUCGAGGUUUGGCGGACCUGGGCAUGAAGCCGCGCAAGAGCAUCGUCAUCUUCGCCGAGACACGAGCGGAAUGGAUGAUCGCGGCGCACGCGUGCUUUAAACAGAACUUCACCGUGGUGACGAUCUACGCGACCCUAGGUGACGAGGCCAUCGCUCAUGGUAUCAAUGAAACCGAGGUGGACACCGUCAUUACGAGUCACGAACUCCUGCCAAAAUUCAAGCGGCUAUUGGACAUGGUACCAGCUAUCAAAACAGUUAUCUAUAUGGAGGAUCAGCUCAAGCCGACUGAAACGAAGGGGUACAAGGAUGGUGUACGAUUAGUACGUUUCUCUGACGUCGUCAAGAUGGGCAACGAGUCGAGCACGGGCGCUUCACCGCCGAAGGGCAAUGACACCGCUAUAAUUAUGUACACGUCGGGUUCGACUGGAGUGCCGAAAGGCGUCCUACUCUCCCACAAGAACAUCCUCAGCACUCUAAAAGCAUUCUGCGACGCGGUACAAAUCAGGCCAGAUGACGUUUUCCUCGGUUUCUUGCCGUUGGCGCACGUAUUCGAGCUCUUGGCCGAGAGUGUGUGCCUUCUAACCGGAGUGCCCAUCGGCUACAGCACGCCGCUCACGUUGAUUGAUUCGAGUAGCAAGAUUCAGAAAGGAUCGAAGGGUGACGCGUCCGUCCUGCAUCCAACUUGCUUAACCGCUGUACCGCUUAUUCUCGAUCGCAUUUCCAAAGGCAUAAACGAGAAAGUGAAGAAAUCGGGUCCGUUUAGACAAGCAAUCUUCAAUUUCGCGUACGAAUACAAACUGAAAUGGACGAAACGCGGAUACGAGACGCCUCUGUUCGACAAGUACAUUUUCGGACACGCGAAGCAGGUACUCGGCGGUCGUGUCAGGCUCGUUCUUUCCGGCGGCGCCCCGCUCAGCCCCGACACUCAUAAUCAAGUCAAACUCUGCCUAUGCGUCACCGUGACUCAAGGAUACGGUCUUACGGAAACGAGUUCUUGCGCAACCGUUAUGGAUGAACACGACAGAACCACCGGACGCGUCGGAGCGCCCACCACGGUGUGCGACAUCCGACUGGAGAAUUGGGAGGAAGCUGGUUACCGAGUCACGGAUUACCCACAUCCCAGAGGUGAAAUCCUGAUCGGCGGCGACAUCGUUUCCGCGGGUUACUACAAGCUGCCGGAGAAGACGAUGGAGGACUUUUUCCAAGAGGACGGAAGGCAGUGGUUCCGAACGGGUGACGUCGGCGAGUUUCAUCCGGACGGUUCCAUGAAGAUUAUCGACCGGAAGAAGGAUCUGGUGAAACUACAGCUCGGCGAAUACGUUUCCCUGGGCAAAGUCGAAGCCGAGUUGAAGACCUGCCCGGUCGUAGAGAACAUCUGCGUCUACGGAGAUGCGAACAAGGCGUACACGGUGGCGCUGGUUGUGCCUAACCAGUAUUAUCUGGAGGAGAUCGCCAGCAACCUAGGUAUGACCGAAAGGAGCCGGACGGCACUUUGCAGCGAUCCGAAUAUCGAGAAGGCGGUAUUGCAAGAACUCGUCGCACAGGCGCUGAAAUGUAAUCUGCAAAGAUUCGAGAUACCGGGCGCGGUGAAGCUGUGCGCGGAGCAAUGGUCGCCCGACAUGGGCCUGGUGACGGCGGCGUUCAAGCUCAAGAGGAAAGCGGUGCAGGAGCGUUAUCAGCACGAAAUCAACCGGAUGUACGCCUCGUGAUGCUCCGCCAUAGGAUGCACCAAGUGCUGCGCGUAACGGGGAUCGGAAAGUCUAGGAAAUAAAAUCACCUCGUCUCCGACAGACGGUACCUCGAUAAUCCUAAGAAUACAGAAACUUUGUCGUAGGCUCAUGUCGAUUACGAGGCACGAUCCAGAGCGCCGUGAUGGUGGUGGUAAUGGUGGUGGUGACGCACGUGAAAUCGUAGAGGACUAUUCCGCAUUCGGUGGUCGCCGAUUCGGGAAUAGAACAACCGCCGGAAAAGUAAAACACACUGUCAUGCUAUUCGCGCGCCGAUACGUGCGGGAUGCAUCGCGAAGUCGUACGAUUCGCAACAUGAAAGUAUCGCCUCGCGUUUCUUCGUUGGGUCUUCCGAGCGCGACAAAUUUUUCUCCGCGUUUUUAUCGAUACCGACCGUCUGUUAUACGCAAACACUCGGAACAUGGACACGGCUUCGCGCGGCGGGCGGGCGAGCCGCAAGUAAGUUGGCGCGGAGUCGUGGCGAUAUAAUGUUGCGCGCAUCACUGGGCAUCAGUUUUAUGUGUCGGGCGAGCAGGUUGAUCUGGCAAACUACCGUUAUGAUACGGCCGCGCGACGGUCAGCGAGAAACAAAUAAAUGGUGCAAGACGACUGUUUUCCCCUUGGGAAAGUCGCCGUCGUCCUAUUUUCCCUCUUUCCUCCCUUUUGCCUGCACCCUGACCCCCUCUUACUCUUUUUCUCGGUUUUUUUUCCGAUUAGGCCGAUUAUUUCGUCGUGUUUGUAUUGCGGUAUUAGCGUGUCCCUGCCUUUAUUAACCGUAGCAACAACGGCCAGUCACGGUAUCUUCGCGAACGAGCUAAUUUGCGCAAGUUCAUAACUCGUAUGGUGUACUUAUUUCGAGUAUUAUUCAAAAUCGUCGAGUUCUCGGCCGUCAUCGGAGAAAACAAAAGGGUCGGAAGAGCUUUUCGUUUACGCACGAUUGAUACGUGCAUGUAUAGAUGAGGAACGAACGACGAGGACAUUUGUGUUCGGCUAAGAUGUAGAUAAAUUCAAGACAAUUUCGUCGAGGUAAAUGCAUUGUGUAAAUUAUAAAUGAAAUUUUAUCGAUACUCUUAUUACUUAGCAUCAUACUCUCUGUCUUAUACCGUCUGUGUAGGUACUCGUCGAGAUAUAAUCUGCCUACUUUUUCGAAAUGUUAAUUCAAGCAUCACGAAUACUUCUCCCAGCAGCAGAACUGUAUUUUUGUGUAUGUAUGUAUGCGUGAGUAAAUGUGCAUAAGCGUAUGUAUGACCGUUUAAUUGUAUGCUUGCAUGCACAUAUGUUCAUAAGAAGAUUAAGAGGUAAAGAGAUAUGUGAGCUUUUAAAGAGCAAAGAAGAAAAGAACAUUAAGUUUACAAUUCUAUAAUUGUUCCCUAUACUUUUAGUUUCCUGUGUUCGCGUUUUCCGCUGGCUCGAAAUUGUACGGAAUCGGGCUUAUUCUGACAAGCGAUCUAAAGAUAGAUGGCGGUUUAAAUGGAAAUAAUUUCAAAGCAUAAGUGUAUUCUCGCGCGUUGUCGCGAGUGAACUUUUACAGAGAUGGUCGGAAGUGAUCUUUUAAAAUUAAAAAUUCCUAUUUCUCGCGUG